AUGUCGUGGAGAAUCACCAAGAAGCUCAAGGACACCCAUCUGGGGCCUUUGAGCGCCUUUUCUCGAUCCCCUUCCACCUCGACCAUCACGGACAAGGACGAAAAGGCGCAACAACAGACGACGCCCGGCGCCACCACUCCAACCACGGAGAGCGCGAUUGCUGCUUCCGAGGCCAUGGUCCAGGCCCCCGUCAUCAAACCUCCCAAGCCCGGCAUCCUGGUCGUGACGUUGCACGAGGGACAGGGGUUCUCUUUGCCCGAACAACAUAGAAAUGCGUUUGCCUCGUCGCACCAGGGUUCCCUCUCGUCGAGUAACGUCUCCGGCAUAGCUGGCUCCAUACGGCCGGGCUCUUCCCAACGGGUCGGCUCCUUGAUCAACGGCUCCAACAGACCACACUCUUCGGCCGGCGGCUUCUCGGGCAUUCCCACGAACCACGGCCGCAUCUCAGGCAAGUACAUGCCGUAUGCCUUGCUCGACUUCGACAAGGUCCAGGUGUUUGUCAACUCGGUGGAAGGGAACCCCGAGAACCCCCUGUGGGCCGGAGGCAACACCCAGUACAAGUUCGACGUCUCGAGAGUCACAGAACUGGUGAUACACUUGUACAUGCGAAAUCCCAAUGCGCCACAAGGAGCCGGGCGGAGCCAAGACAUCUUCCUCGGCGUCGCCCGCAUCAACCCGCGAUUUGCGGAGCGCCAGCCGUACGUGGAGGACCCCAAAGCCAGCAAGAAGGACCGAGAGAAGGCAGCGGCAGAGUACGCCGAUCGGCACAAGGGCGAGGGCCACAGUGGCGUGCAGUGGGUGGACGUGCAAUAUGGCACGGGCAAGAUCAAGGUCGGAGUUGAGUACGUGGAGACGCGCGUGGGCAAGCUCAAAAUCGAGGACUUUGAAUUACUCAAGGUGGUCGGCAAGGGCAGCUUCGGCAAGGUCAUGCAAGUUCGCAAAAAGGAUACCAACCGGAUCUACGCACUCAAGACGAUCCGAAAGGCGCACAUCAUCUCGCGGUCCGAGGUGGCCCACACCCUGGCUGAGAGGUCAGUCCUGGCGCAGAUCAACAACCCGUUCAUUGUGCCGCUCAAGUUCAGCUUCCAGUCGACCGAGAAGCUUUACUUUGUGCUGGCAUUCGUCAACGGCGGUGAGCUCUUCCACCAUCUGCAGCAGGAGCACCGGUUCGACGUGAAUCGGGCGAGAUUCUAUACGGCCGAGCUGCUGUGUGCGUUGGAGUGCCUGCACGGCUUCAACGUCAUCUACCGGGACCUGAAGCCGGAGAACAUCCUGGUCGAUUACCAGGGCCACAUUGCGCUGUGCGACUUUGGCCUCUGCAAGCUCGACAUGAAGGACGAGGACCGGACAAACACUUUUUGCGGCACGCCCGAGUACCUGGCCCCCGAGUUGCUCAUGGGCAAGGGGUACAACAAGACGGUCGACUGGUGGACGCUGGGCGUGCUCCUGUAUGAGAUGCUGACGGGUCUGCCGCCGUUCUACGACGAGAACACGAACGAGAUGUACCGCAAGAUCCUGUCGGAGCCGCUGCACUUUUCGGACGUGGUGCCGCCGGCGGCCAAGGAUCUCUUGACGAAGCUGCUCAACCGCAACCCGGAUGAGCGCUUGGGGGCAAACGGCUCGGCCGAGAUCAAGGCGCAUCCGUUCUUCCAUGCCAUUGACUGGCGGAAGCUGCUGCAGCGCAAGUAUGAGCCGGCUUUCAAGCCCACUGUGGUGGACGCACUGGAUGUUGGGCAGUUCGACAAGGAGUUCACGUCAGAGGCGCCACAGGACUCUUACGUUGAAGGACCGAUGCUGUCCCAGACGGCGCAAGACCAAUUCGUGGGAUUCAGCUACAACAGGCCCAUUGCGGGCCUGGGUGACGCGGGCGGAAGCGUCAAGGACCCGUCGUUUGUUGGGAGCAUGCAGGACCACCGAUAA